AUGAAUCUUACUCAAGGUGAUAGAUCUGUGGUCGAGUAUGAGGCCGAGUUUCUGAGGCUGAGCGGCUACACUCGAGAGGGAGCUGGAUUCGUAGUUCUGGUUGAGAAGGCGAAGAUCGCCGAUGAUGUUAAGCACGUGGAGUACCAGAAUAGGGAUCGAGAGAGGGACAUAGGUUCUACUUACUCCUAUGUAGCUAGCACUAUAUCUAAAAACUUGAGGAUUCCUAUUGAGAGUACUUCUAGUAAGAUUAUUAUACUAAGUCCAUUGAGGCAGUCUGCUCGGGUUAUUAAACUCUAUAGAAAUGUUCCCUUAGUGGUACAAGGGACUGUUUUCCUGGCAAAUCUGAUGGAGCUUUCGUUUGGGGAGUUUGAUUUAAUACUGGGUAUAGACUGGUUGGUUGAGUGUCGAGUCAGUUUGGACUGCGUAUCUAAGAGGGUCAUUCUAAAGACCAAGGAUGAUAUGAAGGUGGUUGUGAUUGGUGAGUAUCGAGACUAUUUGUCCAAUGCGAUCUUCGUUUUUGCGGCUGAAGAACUGCUGUAUCUGGAUAAGUUCAUCAUGGUCUUCAUUGACGACAUUCUGGUGUACUCUAAGAGAGAGGAUGAACAUGAUGAGCGUUUUAGAGUAGUACGUCAGAUUCUACAUGAGAAACAACUUUACGCUAAGUUGAGCAAGUGUGAGGUCUGGUUGUGCAAAGUGACCUUUCUGGGGCAUGUGGUUUUUGCUGAGGUGAUCCGUGUUGAUCCAAGGAAGAUUAAGGUUGUACUUGAUUGGAAACAGCCUAAGAACGUAUCUGAGAGCACAACUUUCUGGGUUUGGCAGCUUGAAUCUGGUAAGGAGUUUGUGGGUUACAGUGAUGCGUCACAUGUUGAUUUGGGUUGUGUUCUAAUGCAGGAUGGAAAAGUUGUAGCUUAUGUGUCUCGUCAGCUUAAGACAUAUGCGGGAAAUUAUUUGACGCAUGAUCUUGAGUUGGCUGCGAAGGAGUUGAAUCUUAGAGAGCACCGAUGGAUUGAAUUGCUCAAGGAUUAUGACUACACGAUAGAGUGUCAUCCUAGUAAGGCCAAUGUGGUGGCCGAUGCUCUAAGUUGUAAAGCAAUGACUGAUCUGAGGGUGAUGUUCGCUCGCCUUAGUCUAUUUGAUGAUGGGAGUAUGUUAGCCGAGUUGCUAGUUAAGCCAACUUGGAUUAAUCAGAUUUGA